AUCAACAAAGCCUGCUGAGACAGAAGAUAAACCAAUCACAUUCACUUCCGUUUCAUGCACAUGCACAGAGAGACUGAGACACUCCGACAGACAGAGACUGGAUGCUCUGCGUCUGAGACCCACAGUUCUUCAUUUCGUGUAGAACUCACAGGAACAAUGAAGAAUCGCUUUGCUUUGCCCUCCUGUUUGCUGCUGCUUUGGACUUUCACAGUGUUUGUCAGCUGUGCAGAAAAAGUUCCAGAUUCCAUAAUAACAGUGACUGAGCUCGCUGAGGGAAUUAAAGUGACUUGUCCUGACGGGCAUACGUUUAAAAAACACAAUGAUACUGUAGAACUAAAGCGUCAAACUAAAGAUGAGUAUACAGGAGAGUACACAUGCACGAAGACUGACGACACUAGUAAAUAUGUAACAAUCUUCGUGAAGUUUCGCAGCUGUGACAACUGUGUAGAGCUUGACAUAAUGUCCACAGUGGGCAUGGUCAUAGGAAAUGUGGUGGCCACCAUUGUGAUUGGAGUGGGUGUCUAUCUCCUCGCCUCUCAGACUCGGACCGGCCCCGUCGUCUCUAACAGAAAGAGUAAAAGCUCUGACAGACAGCAUCUUGUUACUGAAAGCAGAGGACCGUCCAAUGACCACUAUCAGCCUCUGAGGAGAGCUGGCCAGAGAGAUACAUAUGACGAACUUGUCCACAGAAAAUAAACAGAAGGAUGCUCACUGGGUCCAUCGCUGGAAAUUGAAGGUCCAAGAGUCCUCGCAUCUGAAACAUCCGACAGAGGGAAAAACUGUUUCCAGGGUUUAUGUUUAGCUUGGUUUAUGCCCAUUUCUAAUGUAAAGUCUCUUUCAGCUUUAUUUUCAUUAUGCUUGUAUGAUGAUGCUUUUCAGAGGCCGGAAAAUUCGAGGCAGAAUAUUAACUGUUGUAUUAUUUUUGUUUAUUAAUGAAAUUGGUGCCAAAAUGAAAAACUCAAGGACUAAAAUUGACUGCGUUGUCUUGUUAUGCUAUUGCUAGUGGUAAAUACUUCUCUAAUACUUUUCUUUGGUACAAUUUUAAGGUAACUGCUAUAUUAUACUUCAGUCCUAAUGUACAAAUGAGCUUUAUACUGUGCUUUUUAGUACCCUAUAUUGUAAUGGCAUCACCAAAAUUGUGUUUUAAUGAUAACUGUGACAUUUAAAAAAUAAAUAUUAACAUUGUGUAAGUAAUGUGCAUGUAAUAAUAUAAAGAAAAUAAAAAUAAAAUAAAACAAAAGAUCUCACACAUUCAACAAAAUUAUAGAUAAAUUUGA